GCAAAACCUGGUGGAUGUUGAUGCUUUUACUACGUCUGCUGGUCCUCCUGCUGGCUGGCUUCACCCUCUUCAAUGACGAACAGGAAAGAUUCAUCUGCAACACCAUCCAGCCAGGCUGCUCUAAUGUGUGUUUUGACGUAUUUGCUCCCAUAUCCGUCUUUCGUCUCUGGCUCCUCCACCUCAUUCUGCUCUGUCUCCCCCAUGUGCUGUUUGCAACCUACGUCAUGCACAAAGUUUUGUCAUAUCCCUAUUUUGGCGGUUCUUACUGUGACAGGAGUCAAGGAGGUUCACCUUUCAACCUUGAGAAUUCAAGCUCCUCAAGAGAACUGUCCUUGCAUAAAGCUUUACUUCAUGACCCCCCUCGAGAAUGGGGAGUACCGCGCUUUUACUGCGCUUACUUCCUGGUUGUAAUUCUUCGAAUCCUUCUAGAGGGGGUUUUCGGUGCAGGCCAGUUUUUUCUUUUUGGUUUGUCCAUUCCUAAGAGCUUUCUGUGUUACGAGGCUCCCUGCACAAAUGGUGUGGAGUGCUACAUCUCCAGACCAACUGAGAAGACGUUAAUGCUCAACUUCAUGCUAGGUGUCUCCUCCUUGUCCAUUCUGCUAAGUCUUGUUGACCUGAUGAGCUCUAUGAAGGCAAUGGUGAGAUGGAGAAGGAAGAGAGAGAUGUGGAUGGAGGAGAUGAGUAAAGGAGAGCAAAGCAGUAUGUUUACAUCGACAAGUACAACUGAGGACAGCGAUGUUCUUUUAACCAGAAGAGUCAGCCCGAGUGUGAGCUCAAAGAACGGUCUCAAAGAUGAGAAACAUGCUGCUGCUGUUAUGCCAGAUGGAGAACCUCUUCAUGCAAAGAUGAAUGGUGGAAGCAUAAUUAAAUCUGGUGAAUCCACAAAUGACAAGAGGCUAGAGGGCAAAGAUGCUAAGUUGGGGAUGUCUCAGUCGCCCAAUCUCAUAAGCACUCCAGCCCCAACUCACUUUGUCCUCAACAGCCACCUGAGGCCUCCAACAUCCCCUCGCCCCGACAGAGGACCACCACCAAACCCCAAAAUGCCAAAAAAGCUGGACCAGUAUGCUCCAGUUGGGGCAAACUUGGGCCAACACUCAGACAGCAGUGAAUCUCAAGACAAGCGGGCAUGGGUGUAA